GAUGACUAGAGGAUAUGAUGGUGGUUGCUACAGGGGCCUCUUCCAAUGGCUUACAACAACAACAACAACAUCAUCAUCAGCAUCAACAACUUAUCACCCAACAACAACAACAGCAGCAGCAGCAACACCAACAGCAUCAACAACAACAACAACAACAGCAGCAGCAGCAGCAGCAACAACAACAUCAUCGUCAAAUUAUCACCUCAACUUUGGCGCAGCACCAGCAACAAUUACAAAACAAUAAUACAACAAUUAUAGCCACAACUGGCAAUGGCUCUGCCACACCGUCCAAUCUUGAAGCAUUUUCUAAUAUAGCAACAGCUGCUCAAACACUUGAGUUGAGUUCGCUUAAUGCCGCUCAACUGGUCGGUGGUACGUUAACACACGACGGUAAUUUUGUAACUAUGGGUGGUGUGGUGGUGGGUCGUUUACAUCCAGCACCCGGUGUAGGUGGUACUAAUGGUCAUCAUUUAUUGCAACAACAAUUACGAAUACAAGCACCACAUUUAGGCGUAAUAAAAGUGGAGACAUCACCCAAUUCCACACCUGUCGAAUACAAUAACAAUAGUUCGCAUAACAUAAGUGGUAGUGGGGUAACCGGCAACAGCAGUAACAGUAACACCAGUACACAUCGCAGUAGCACAAACGAAGGAUGAGUCCCUGACUAUGAAAUGCUUUUGGAAUAUAUGCUCAAUGAGGAAUCCAGUACUAAUGACAAUUAGUUAUUAAAAAACAAAAACAACUAUCUGUUACUGUUAACUACGUAGAUAGAAUACUGGCUAUCGUCCCUAUCCACAUACUAUCUGCACAUCUUCAAGCACUCUAUUGUUAUUGAUUGUUGUUCAACAAUUGUUGUUGUUAGUUGUUGUUACAAUCGCAAAAUAAAUUAGUGGAAGAACUAUAACGAUAAUAAUUCCAAGCGCUAUUGUUAAUCAAUGUUGUCAGCUAUAAAGCAAGCAAGCAAGCAAGCAAGCAAGCAUGCGAGCAAAAGUGAACUGCAGCUCCAUAAAGAAAAAUAGAAAAAGCCCAUUAAAGUAUCCUAAAAACAAAUUGUGUUACUAAUGUUUAAGCAGCUAUCUAUCGUUGAAAACAUACACAUACUUCCACACAUAUACAUAUAUACACAAAUAUACAUACAUUUUGCACACAUCUACCAUAGUCUAUAAAUCAAAGCCAAUCUAAUCAUCACUACAACAUCAACGCCUUCACAUUUUCGAUCGUGGUGAAAUUUUUUGGGAGGCGACGAAAAAAACUCAAAUUACAAUGGAAAUAUAAACCAAU